UAAUCCACACGCUCGUCAUAUCCGUCUUUCACACUCUCAAAAACCCUGGAAAUUAUCCACAACCCUCAUCCGCAGCAGUUACUCAAAAUGGCUCUCUCAUUUACAUCUCUGUCAAACGUCGGCUCGGUCUCAGCUCCCCGAAGUUUCUCGUCGGUGAAAGCCGUGAAUACGUCGUCGUUUAGUGGUAUCAAUGUUGGUAAAUCUAGUAAUUUAUUAUCUACCUCCCUCCGCCUGAGCUCUUCACCUAACCCUAAUGUUCAGCUCAAGUCUCGAGCUACCUUGUCCGUCAGGGCCACUGCUCAGGAGGUAGCUACACAAGCUAAAGUAACAAACAAAGUGUAUUUUGACAUCAGCAUUGGAAACCCAGUUGGGACACUUGCUGGAAGGAUUGUGAUUGGGCUUUUUGGUGAUGAUGUGCCCCAAACAGCUGAAAAUUUCCGUGCUUUAUGUACAGGAGAGAAAGGUUUUGGUUACAAGGGAUCUGCAUUUCAUCGUGUCAUUAAGGAUUUCAUGAUUCAAGGAGGCGACUUCGACAAGGGCAAUGGAACUGGUGGCAAGAGCAUUUAUGGCCGGACAUUUAAGGACGAGAACUUUAACUUAGUUCAUACUGGACCAGGAAUUGUUAGUAUGGCAAAUGCAGGCCCCAAUACCAAUGGAAGUCAAUUCUUCAUAUGCACAGUCAAGACUCCAUGGUUGGACCAGAGGCACGUUGUGUUUGGACAAGUUUUGGAGGGCAUGGACAUAGUUAAGCUGAUUGAGUCCCAAACCACAGACAGAGGUGACCGCCCAACAAAACGAGUCGUUAUCAGUGACUGUGGUGAGCUUCCAUUGGUCUAAGACUGAGCAAGUCAUGGGCUCAUUUUGUACCAGUAAAUGUAGCUUUAUUUAAGGCAGAGUAUUACCUACAUGAAGAGGUGGUUUGACAGUGAGGUUUUUUGGUGUUAUGGACCAUCUUUUGGUGUUCUGUUUUUCAACGAUUUGGCUUGGAAAACACCCACUCGCUGUGUAUUGAUACUGUUUUAUUAACAGUUUUUAUUGAAAUAAUGAGUGUGGCUUCUUUUGA